GUGCGUGGCAGCCACCGCCGGCCCCGACGCGAAGUUUCCAGUCCAGCGAGGGCAGCCGCCGCGUCUGUCGAUCUUCCGCAGACCCCGGCCAUGCGACCGCUGCUGCUCCUGGCCCCUCUCGGCUGGCUGCUCCUGGCCACUCUGGGCUGGCUGCUCCUGGUGGACGCGAAGGGCGACGCCAAACCGGAGGAUAACCUUUUAGUCCUCACUGUGGCCACAAAGGAGACGGAGGGCUUCCGCCGCUUCAAGCGCUCAGCACAGUUUUUCAACUACAAGAUCCAGGCACUGGGCCUGGGAGAGGACUGGGACAUGGAGAGGGGGACGACAGCAGGUGGAGGACAGAAGGUCCGGCUGCUGAAGAAGGCGCUGGAGAAGCACGCCGACAAGGAAGACCUGGUCAUUCUCUUCACAGACAGCUAUGACGUGGUGUUUGCCUCGGGGCCCCGGGAGCUCUUGAAGAAGUUCCGGCAGGCGAAGAGCCGUGUGGUCUUCUCGGCAGAGGACCUCAUCUACCCCGACCGCAGGCUGGAGGCCAAGUAUCCCACAGUGGCUGAUGGCAAGAGAUUCCUGGGCUCCGGAGGCUUCAUUGGCUACGCCCCCAACCUCAGUAAACUGGUGGCCGAGUGGGAGGGCCAGGACAGCGACAGCGACCAGCUCUUUUAUACCAAGAUCUUCUUGGACCCAGAGAAGAGGGAUCAGAUCAAUAUUUCCUUGGACCACCGCUGCCGCAUCUUCCAGAACCUAGAUGGAUCCUUGGAUGAGGUUGUGCUCAAGUUUGAAAUGGGCCACGUGCGAGCACGGAACCUGGCGUACGACACCCUUCCAGUCCUGAUCCACGGCAAUGGGCCCACCAAGCUGCAGCUAAACUACCUGGGCAACUACAUCCCGCGCUUCUGGACCUUUGAGACGGGCUGCACCGUGUGUGAUGAGGGUUUGCGCAGCCUCAAGGGCUUUGGGGACGAAGCUCUGCCCCCGGUCCUGGUUGGCGUGUUCAUCGAGCAGCCCACGCCAUUCCUAUCCCUGUUCUUCCAGCGGCUUCUGCGCCUGCACUAUCCCCGGAGUCAGAUGCGGCUUUUCAUUCACAACCACGAGCAGCACCACAAGGCGCAGGUGGAGCAGUUCCUGGCCGAGCACGGUGGUGAGUACCAGUCCGUGAAGCUGGUGGGCCCCGAGGUACGGAUGGCGAAUGCCAACGCCAGGAACCAGGGCGCAGACCUGUGCCGACAGGACCACACCUGUACCUACUACUUUAGUGUGGAUGCCAAUGUGGCCCUGACUGAACCCGACAGCCUGCGGCUGCUGAUCGAGCAGAACAAGAAUGUCAUCGCCCCACUCCUGACACGCCACGGAAGGCUGUGGUCGAACUUCUGGGGUGCACUGAGUGCAGAUGGCUACUACGCCCGCUCUGAGGACUAUGUGGACAUUGUGCAAGGGCGCCGUGUGGGCGUCUGGAAUGUGCCCUACAUCUCCAACGUCUACUUGAUCAAGGGCAGCAUCCUUCGGGCAGAGCUGCAGCGCCCAGACCUGUUCCACCACAGGAAGCUGGACCCGGACAUGGCUUUCUGUGCCAACAUCCGGCAGCAGGAGGUGUUCAUGUUCCUGACCAACCGGCACAGCUUUGGCCAUCUACUGUCCUUAGACAGCUACCAGACCACCCACCUCCACAACGACCUCUGGGAGGUCUUCAGCAACCCUGAGGACUGGAAGGAAAAAUACAUCCAUGAGAACUACACCAAGGCCCUGGCAGGGAAGCUGGUGGAGACGGUAAAGAUGGCGGUGGCCCAGGAGCAAAACUGGGACUCACAUUCCCUCCUUGGUUGGGGCCGUACGAGGCAGGGCCUGUGUCUCAGGCGCAGGAGUCUGGGGGGCCAUCUUAGCCCUUGCUGUGGUCACUUCCAGGACAAUCGCAUUCAGGGUGGCUAUGAAAAUGUGCCGACCAUCGACAUCCACAUGAACCAGAUCAGCUUCGAGCGGGAGUGGCACAAGUUCCUGGUGGAGUACAUCGCCCCCAUGACGGAGAAGCUGUACCCCGGCUACUACACCAGGGCGCAAUUCGACUUGGCCUUUGUCGUCCGCUACAAGCCAGACGAGCAGCCCUCACUGAUGCCCCACCAUGAUGCCUCCACCUUCACUGUCAACAUCGCCCUCAACCGGGUUGGGGAGGAUUAUGAGGGCGGGGGCUGUCGGUUCCUGCGCUACAAUUGCUCCGUCCGAGCCCCUCGGAAGGGCUGGGCUCUCAUGCACCCUGGGCGGCUCACGCACUACCACGAGGGGCUCCCCACCACUAGGGGCACCCGCUACAUCGCCGUCUCCUUUGUGGACCCCUAACUGGCUACACGCGUGACCCUGGACCUUUCCUCUUUGUGGACAACCACUCGCCAGCAGCCCCUGAGGCCUCAGGGCCCCGGCCUUGCUGGUGCAGCUUCGGGGCCCUUGACUUCUGUUGCUCAGUCCUGCCACUGGGGGGACUGAGCCAGGCCAACAAGAGCAGCCUGGGCCUUUUGUGGUGCUCCAGGGCCAGCCCCGGGGGCCAUGGAUCACUUUCACACUUUAAGUGACUUGUCAUCCCCUCAAACACCCUGCACCCUCUUCCUCCCAUUCUUCUAUGGGCAUGACUUGAACAGAACAGGGCUGAGUGCAGUGGCCCCUUGGGGUUCUGCCUCCAGCUUUGGGGCAAUGCAGAGCCCUGGUUGAGUGCAGGUUUCUGCCCUGAGCCCUGGGCUGCUGAAGCCCCUUUCUUCAGGCUCCAUCUUGAGAAAACCGCUUGUCCCUGGAGAUGGUGACUCAAAACCUCCUCGAGGUCAGUGAAGGCAUCACUGCGGCAGCUCGGAUGAAGAGAGCAAGACAUCCGUACUGCACUGGGUCACUGUCCCAAUGCCUCUGGGGAGAGGGACAGUCAGAAUCAGGAGAGUUCUAUUAAAGGUGUUCAAACCACA